CGCGCUGAAAAGGAAGGAGCUAGUUUAGCAGCGAUAGAAGCAAAGCUGCACUAACUAUUACAGCGUGUAUCUAGUUACUUUGCUUUAGAGCAUCGUGACACAGAACAGAGUUUGGAACAUGGCGGAUAAAGAAGUGUAUGAUGAUGCGGUGGAAGAAAGGGUCAUCAAUGAAGAGUACAAGAUCUGGAAGAAAAACACACCUUUCCUGUAUGACCUGGUGAUGACUCACGCACUGGAGUGGCCCAGCCUUACUGUCCAGUGGCUUCCAGAUGUCACCAGACCCGAGGGAAAGGACUAUGCCGUCCACAGGCUGGUUUUGGGGACCCAUACAUCAGAUGAGCAGAACCACCUGGUCAUAGCAAGCGUCCAGGUACCAAAUGAUGAUGCCCAGUUUGAUGCAUCGCACUACGACAGCGAGAAAGGAGCAGAGUUUGGUGGAUUUGGUUCAGUAAGCGGGAAAAUAGAAAUCGAGAUCAAGAUCAACCAUGAAGGAGAGGUGAACCGAGCCCGUUACAUGCCCCAGAGUCCCUGCAUCAUUGCCACCAAGACCCCCACCUCUGACGUGCUGGUCUUUGACUACACUAAACACCCAUCUAAACCAGAUCCCAGUGGGGAGUGUAGCCCUGACCUGAGGCUGAAAGGUCAUCAGAAAGAAGGUUAUGGUCUUUCCUGGAACCCCAACCUCAGUGGUAACCUGCUCAGUGCCUCUGAUGAUCAUACUAUCUGUCUAUGGGACAUCGGGGCCGGUCCAAAAGAAGGGAAGAUCGUGGAUGCCAAGACCAUCUUCACGGGCCACACAGCUGUGGUGGAAGAUGUUUCCUGGCAUCUGCUCCACGAAUCGCUGUUCGGCUCCGUGGCCGACGACCAAAAACUCAUGAUAUGGGACACUCGAUCCAACAACACGUCCAAAGCCAGCCACGCAGUAGACGCUCACACUGCUGAAGUCAACUGUCUGAGCUUCAACCCCUACAGCGAGUUCAUUCUGGCCACUGGUUCUGCUGACAAGACUGUUGCAUUGUGGGAUCUCAGGAACCUCAAACUGAAGCUUCACUCCUUUGAGUCUCACAAAGAUGAAAUUUUCCAGGUACAAUGGUCUCCUCACAAUGAGACCAUCCUGGCCUCCAGCGGCACCGACCGGCGUCUCAAUGUCUGGGAUCUCAGUAAAAUUGGGGAGGAGCAGUCAGCUGAAGACGCUGAAGACGGACCACCAGAACUCCUGUUCAUCCACGGUGGACACACUGCCAAGAUCUCCGACUUCUCCUGGAACCCCAAUGAACCCUGGGUCAUCUGUUCAGUGUCUGAGGACAACAUCAUGCAAGUGUGGCAGAUGGCAGAGAACAUCUACAACGACGAGGAGCCAGACACCCCUGCAUCAGAGCUGGAGGCCCAGGGAUCAUAACCCAGCUCUGCAUGACUCUCUCCAGACACAGCCUCUCCUCCUCCUCCAUCAUCAUCAUCCUCCCCCUGAGCUGCAGACCCAGCCCAGCCUGUCGUUUCCCUCUCUGGCUUCAACUCUGGUGCAAAUGGAAAAAACAACAACGAUCUGCUCUAGUAAAAGGUGCAGUCACCCUCACUGUAACAGCCUGGUUGGAUUCAUGUCAUCUACAUGACCCCCAUAUGACCCCCAUACCCCAAAACGCUUAAAGCACUUGGACAGUUCUGCCAUUGGUCUGCAGUGGAUAGGAUGUGUGGAGGUUUCUACCUGCUCAGGUAGUCGGUGGGGGAGGGGGAGGGGUGAGGGGUGCGCGGGUUGAAGACUCUAUGUGCACAAAGUUACAGUAACUUAUUGUUAGACCCAUCGGUUCAAUUUUUAAAGGGCUCAUGCAAAGAAACAAGUUUAUUUUUCAUUUUGAUGAGUAGCCACAAACUAGCAGACAGAAAUACUGCCAGGAAACUGAUGUGAUUGGUUCUGAUGUUCUUUCUAUGACAUCAUCAUCAUCAUCACUGUAUUUAGCAGUGAAGAAACAUUCCCUGCCGUUCGCCUCUCCGUUCUAACCCAGAGCAUCUCUGAGGUGCAUCAAACGUGUCAGUAUUUGGCUCGAGUAUAAGUGUGUGUUAGAGGGAAACACGUCUGUUUUUUGUUCUUUUUUUCCCCCGCUCCUCUUUCUGUUCUUUUAAAAAUGUGAAACUGCCAUGUUUUGUUUCCUGCACCACAAAUUGCAAUAAAACUUUUGUAACUUCUCAAAAAAAAUUAUUUGUUGUCAAUAAUAAACUAUUUCCUUUUUAUAUUCCUGUAGAAUAAACACUGCACACACACACACACACACAAUAAUUAGUGAUGAAAAAAAUCCACAAAUAUUGCAAAUUCUACAAAAUGUUUAUUGAAAAGCAAGACAGGACUUUUAAGAACGUUGUACAAUCAGGGGGGGGGGGGGUUGGUGUAGGCUCAUCUGUUUUUUGUUUUGUUUUUUUAGUAAAAAUAAAGCUCUCUGAAGCUGUGGUGACUCAGGCCUCUUCUUUCACAGUUAGUCUCACCUGUAGAGGUAGAUUCUGACAUUACCUGAGAGUCAAUCUGGGGCAACGCCAAACAAAGAAGGAAAUAGAUGCUCAAACCUCCCCCCUGUGACUACAACUGUCCUCCAAAAUAAAAGCACACACACAAUACCACCUGACCCUGUGUGUGUGUGUGUGCACUCACAUCAAUAUUUCUUUUUUUUUUUUUUUAUAUAUCUGAGGAAAUUUACAUAGAUAAAUAACUGGACUGCUCCCUUCUUCCUUCCUUAAAUACUCCAUCCGAUCUGACAUAUUUAAGUACCACCUCUAUGAUUCAUCUCACUUACUUUUACAUACUUUAUACUGAAUUAAAAAAAAAAAAAAAAAGUCCAGCCACAUGUGCAACAGACAGAAUGUUACAGGAUGAGCUGGAAUAUGAGAAACAAUGAAACGGCUGUGAGUUUACAAGCAUUUCUUUCACUCAUUUGCUUUAAAGGAAUAAUCCAAAACAGCUGGGGUCACUCUUAUAAUUCUGCCCACUAAUAAAAUAAAAAAAAAGAGUGAGACUGAGCUUGUGGUUAGCAUUAGUACAUCAGUAGCUACAGCAUGAGCCGUUUGGGUGGACAUGAAUGAGAAUGAAUGAUGGGUUGCAAGUGUGUGAUUUGAGAUGACUUUUUUUUUUUUUUUAAAUACCCUGGUGACUCCACACACACACACUCAUACACACACUGAAGAGUUCCUCGUAUUCAACAGCUACACAUCAUGUAAGUGCUCCUAUUAUAACAUCCAUUACUGAUAGAAAUCAUUUAUUCAAACUCAUUAUACAAAAAGCAAAAUCACAUUCAAUUGUUUGUUUUUUUUCUCUUCUUCCAGUAUAAAGUUUCAAAAGAUGACAGGCUCCAUUAUUCUGCUGUACUGUACUGAAGGCUUUCUAACAUCAUUUACACAAAAUAGGAACUGCUGACUCUGUUUUUUUCCCUCUGUACACCCUGCUGAGCUGAACAUACAGAAGUUACAUGGUUCAAAAAAAGAAGAAAAAAAGAGUUUGAAAUAAGAGGGGACAUAUUAAUCAAUUGAAAUGUUAGUGAUGAAUUAUUCCCAAACUCCCAAUUCCAAUCCUAAAAAUGUCGAGUCCUGGUUAAUGAGGCGACACCUGCAUCUACUGGUAGUUCUAAUUAAGUCCUGGUAGUGUGUAAUGACAUAGAUUGAACACUGGGGGCAGCAAACACACACGUAAAUGUCAAGUCAGAGGAAUCAUCGCUUUACUUUCUUCUAAUAAAAACUAAUAGUGACAGACAGAGGUGAUGCCUGCUAUCAUAUCACCUAUGAAGGAAUGUUGUUGUUACACACUGUGUGAAAUGUGUCCAUGCAUCUGGUCCUGUUUAUACUUUAAUGCCUGAAAACAUGAUUUCAUUUACCCAAAAUAUUCAGAAAACUUCUUUAUAAUAACAAUAGAGCUUUAUUCUUAUACAAUUCUUUCCUCAUAAAAAUCACAACUUAAUUUUGACUUUAAAAUCCUGACUGAGGCUCCUUUCCUAAUGUUUCUACUUUAUUCUUAAACCUCUCACAGUAGUGUUGAUGUGAGUGCCAGUGACUAUUGAUGAGGAAAUAUGGAUUCAACCACUAAUUAUAUAAAUAUGAACAAAGGUCUGACAUCAUUCACAUAUUAUUGACAACACCUCGCAGGAAACUCUGCUGAAUCUCUCCCAGCCUAUCAAAAUAAAGCAGUAAGUGUGUGAUUUGUGUGUGAGUGGGUCAUUCCACACUUGUAGGUCAUGCUGUGGAUCAGAGGUUGUAGGUUUAACUUGUAGCCCUUUUUCUUAGAGAACUGAGCAUUUAUAAAAACUUUUUUUUUUUAAGUUAAACUUGUCAACCAAUUUUAAACCAUGAGGAUUGAUUGGCUGGAACCUCUAUUACACAUGUGGACUAUUUAAGCAGACUCUAAGCUGCUCUACAGAGAACAUAGUCACACAGUGAUGCAAUACCCUGUGGAUAAUAUAGAUGACAUAUAACCCAGACA